AUGGCGAUGAUCACUGUCUCGGGCUUCCCUUCUAGCGGAAAAUCCCGUCGCGUAGCCGCUCUGCAAGCGGAUCUUGAGCGGAGGUUGCUAGACGCUUCAUACGACGGACCUCUAAAACGCGUCGUUGUGCUCUCGGACGACUCUUUGAAUAUCUCCCGAAGUGCCUAUGAUGAUAGCAGGGCAGAGAAGCCAGCUCGUGGCGCAAUAUUCACCGCGUUACAACGCGCGCUUGCCGCGGACGCUGUGGUCAUCGUCGACAGCCUCAACUAUAUCAAAGGCUUCCGCUACCAAAUGUACUGCGCCGCGCGUGAACAGAAAGCUCGAGUGUGCACCAUACAUGUUGUCGCUCGCCCGGACAUGUGUCGCGAAUGGAAUAAAACCCGUGAAGACGGCCGAGCGUACGCGCCGGAGACACUUGACAACCUCUUCAUGCGAUACGAAGAACCUAACUCAAUGGUUCGCUGGGAUGCACCCCUCUUCACCGUCCUAUGGGACGACCCAGAACUGCCUCUCGGCGACAUCUGGGGUGCUCUGACUGAAGGAGUUGUUAAAGCGCCCAAUACAGGCACUCAAGCCAUCCCAAAAGCGCCUACGGACGCACUGCAUACACUCGAGCACACAUCUGCGGCCCUUGUGUCUGCGCUGAUGGCAGCACAAGCAGCAUCCGGAGCGCCCGGUGGACUGACGACAAUAUCUUUACCCGAGCACACGACCUCGCUCAAGAUCACUCUUCCGCAGCGCGCCGUACCACUUGCAGAAUUGCAGCGCCUAAAACGCCAAUUCGUGGCUGUGCACAAGAAGGCGAUCACUCUGGGUACGGUGGAGAAGGGGGCGGUCGAUUGGAGUGCGGAGGCAGUCGCGCAGAAGUUCGCCGAGUAUAUCGAAGAGCAUCUGAAGCCCUGA